CUGUUCCUUCAUCUUUUCAAAAUCCAUCCGUUCCUCUCGUCGAAACCUUAUCACCUUCGUCUACUUCUCCCAUCUAAUUUAAGGAUCUAGGGUUUUCUAGACAAAUUCUCUAUCUCGAUACCCUAAUUUCGUCUUUUCAAUCUCCAAUCUCUGUAUUUUUUCUGUUUUUUGAUCCAUUAGGCGAACUAUUUAUCUUCUCCUUCUCCCAUUAGAUCUCCCUAUAUCAUCGAUCUCGAAAGAGGAAUUGGGGAUUUUGUCUUGUAGGAUGCCGCAUCCGAGUAAAUCGAACAUGCCUGUAGAUCAGAAUCCUAGGUCGAGCCAUGGUGGGGGAAAGGAUACGGAAGAAGAGGAAACUCCUUCACAUAACUUGUGGGUUGGCAAUCUGUCGAACGAUACCACCGAUACGGACUUGAUGGAUGUUUUCUCCAAGUACGGCGAUUUCGAAAGCGUCGCAACGUAUUCUUCGAGGAACUAUGCGUUUGUCUAUUUUAAGCGCCUUGAAGAUGCGAAGUCCGCGAAGGAAGCUCUCCAGGGUUUCAUUGUUCGCGGGAACCCUAUCAAGAUCGAGUUUGCUCGACCGGCUAAACCUGGUAAGCAUUUGUGGGUAGGUGGAAUAAGUUCGUCUGUUACAAAGGAACAGCUAGAAGAUGAGUUUUUGAAGUUUGGAAAAAUUGAGGAAUUUAAAUUCCUCAGGGACCGCAAUUCUGCACUUGUGGAGUAUUUUAAAUUAGAAGAUGCUACUGCAGCUUUGAAAAGCAUGAAUGGGAAGCACUUAGGUGGUGAGCAAAUUCGUGUGGAUUUUCUGAGGUCACAACCUUCACGAAGAGAAAAUUGGUCUGACUUUCAUGACUCAAGGGAUGGGCACUUCAACAAUAGAAGGAACAGAGGACCUGCAGAAAAUUCUUGGAUGCCACCAGAUGCCAUGAGAAAUUCCCCAGAGUCAUCUCAGCUCGGGCUUAAAAGGCAUACGCCUUCACAACCAUUAGGAGGCCGAAGAGAAGGACAACCAAGCAAUAUUUUGUGGAUUGGGUAUCCUCCUUCAGUUCAAGUUGAUGAGCAGAUGCUUCAUAAUGCCAUGAUCCUGUUUGGAGAAAUUGAAAGAAUCAAAAGUUUUCCAUCAAGGCAUUACUCUUUUGUGGAGUUCAGAAGUGUAGAUGAGGCUCGGCGUGCAAAGGAAGGUCUGCAAGGCCGUCUUUUUAAUGAUCCGAGGAUACAGAUAAUGUUUUCAAGCAGUGAGCUCGCACCUGGUAAGGAUAGUCCGGCAUUUCAUCCUGGAAUUAAAGGUGCUAGGCCAGAUAUGUUCUUUAAUGAACCUCCUUUUGGACCUGGACCAGGGGAUAUGUUUGGUCAGAACCGUCCAAUGGCAUCGAAUAACUUUCCUGGACCUCUUCCUCCUACUGGCAUGCCUGGUGCAAAUAUGAUGAUGAGGCCUUUUGGUCCCCAAGGUGGUUUUGAUCCACUUCAUUCAGGUCCCGACUUUAAUGACUUGUCUGGUUCUCUCCAUAAUUUCCCAGAUGGUACUGCUAAUAAUUCUAUGGGUCCAAACUGGAGAAGGUUGUCACCACCUGCAUCUGGCAUGCUUCCUUCUGCACCAGGUAUGUGGCCGCCUAUUAGGCCUCCACCUGGCACAUGGGAUGGAUUUGAUGCAAACCCAUUUCAAAGGGAAGCUAAGAGGUCAAGGAUUGAUGGCCCUUCGUCUAUCGAUGAUGCUCCCUUUUCUGUGAGAAAGAUGGACAGACACGGGAUUGGGGGAGACCAGCCAUAUGGAUUUGGACCACAGCUCGAUAGAGGCGCAGCACUUGUAAAUCACAGUCCAGUAGGUGCAAGAGUUCCAUUUGGAGGACCUCCUAGCCAGGGAUUUCCUGAGAAAGAUUUCUGUUGGCGUGGCAUUAUUGCUAAAGGUGGAACUCCUGUUUGUCAUGCUCGAUGUAUACCCGUUGGAAAGGGGAUAGACUCACAGCUCCCUGAUAUUGUUAAUUGCUCAGCAAGAACAGGAUUGGAUAUGCUCACAAAGCAUUACUUGGAGGCCAGUGGCUUUGACAUUGUUUUCUUUCUACCAGACAGUGAAGAAGAUUUUGCUUCCUACACAGAAUUUCUUCGUUACCUGGGUGCAAAGAAUCGUGCUGGGGUUGCUAAGUUUGAUGAUGGAACGACAUUGUUCUUAGUGCCCCCAUCGGAUUUCUUAACCAAAGUUUUGAAUGUCUCAGGCCCAGAGCGCCUUUAUGGAGUGGUUCUUAAAUUACCACAGCAAAUGCCUAGUGUAUCCAUUCAACAACAGCAACUACAACCACCUAUUCCUCCACCCCAGUAUGUUGCAGGGCAACACUUUCCUCCUUUGCAAGCAGAUUAUAGUUUAAUACCUCAGAAGGAUGACCAUAUUUUACAAAUGGAUUAUAAUCGGGCAUCACAUGACGACUCGACACCUCAACCCCCCAAAGCUCUCUUACCAUCUACAGAUGACUCUCACGUAGUGCAAUCUGUCCCUCAAGACUAUGCAAGAAAUUCUGCUCCAACACAAGUUGGAGUGUCUCUAACUCCUGAGCUCAUUGCAACUCUAGCUGCUUUGCUACCUACAAACAUGCAGCCUUCCCCUUCAACCAGUGCCCAGUUACCUUUAGGAUCUUCUGCUCCAAGACCUUCAUUUCCUGCCUCUGUAACACCUGAUAAAGCAAUACAAUCACAUGGAUGGAGAAGUGAGCAUCAAAAUGCUGUUUCUGGUAUUCUUCAGCGAACAGCAGAAGAGCAAACAAGUCAUCCUUCCCAACAGUUGGGACACCAAUUUAAUACUCAGGCACAGCUUUUGUCUCAAUUUCCAGCAUAUGCAAAUGCAACGAAUAGGCCUGACCAGUCUUCACAAGCUAUCAUUUCUAGCACUCAAAAUCAAGAUCCUUCUCUCCACAUGCCACCGCAGGCUACAGUUUCUUCCAAACCACCAAGUAACUUUGUGAUCCCAUCCCAAGGACAGUAUUCCAUUCCCCAGCAAUCUAACCAACAGUAUCAACUUGAUGCUUCUCAUAAUCCUCAAAAGAGUUAUGGGAUGGUACACACAACUGAUGCUACUGGGUUGUAUCAUUCACCGGUCUUUCAGCAACCUAAGCCACCUGUUGGCUCAUCUACUCAGGUUCAGGGAACGAAUAUGUCCCAAGCACAAGUAGCCACCUCGUUAGUAACUGACAAAGCAAAUUUGGAGUUCCCAAAUCAGGUGCAGCAACUACAAUCUGCUCUAUCUGGGGCUGCUCAUGGAACACCAGAGGGUGAGGCAGAUAAGAACCAAAGAUACCAAUCAACACUUCAAUUUGCUGCUAGCCUUCUUCUCCAGAUACAACAGCAGCAGCAGCAAACAAAUGCUCAGGCAGUCCAGGGUUCUGGCAGUCAUCAAUAAGGCAUAUCUCCAGGUGAUUAGAUCUUAUGCUCAUGGCCAACAUAAAAAAUAGUAUUUCCUUUCAUUGGUCUCAAAAGACAGCACAGGUCACAAUGCCGAGGUAGUUUAGUACAGAACCAAUAUCUGCUUUCAUUAGGGAAUGGCCACGUUGAGCGUUGUUGGCUUCUGGUAAUUGUUUGGGUUUACCACUUACCAGUAGUUGUAAUGAGUGUGUUCCUUUCAACUAACUGACGUUCUCAAAUGACGUUAUUCUGAGGUGAGGUGUUCUGAGGUGAGGUGGACGUAGACAACUCAAAAGUUCCUACAAAAGGAUUAGAAGAACACUAGAAGUAUGGAACAGCAACAGGGUAGUGCUUCGUUUGCCUAUUUUUGCUUUCAAAUAAAAGCCCUAUUGACCAACGAUAUUCACUCAAAAUUCUGCCGGUGCCAGAGCCCAUCAUCGUCACCGUAUAUAGACAGGAAUAAGGGGAGGUUUAGAGGGUUGUUAGAGGU